GCUGUCAAAGGGGGAAAAAGAACAAAAACAGUUGUCCACGCGUUUCCCCCCCCCCCCCUGCUGGCUGGCUUCCCCUUUCCAGCGCACCGCUCUCAACACACUUGUUUGCACACUUUCCGUGGUCAGCCUGAGACGUCGCCGUCGUCGCGGACUUCCCCGUGCUCGCCGUGGCUACCCGCGCCGUGUUGUACCCGCGGCUCGAACUGACAAUUGGAGAACGAUAAACGCGUCGCGUAUCAGUUAUUUUUACCACCGGGUCCGGGUGUAAGCGUACGUGCGUGGAUCGUGAAGGGGUCGAACGAAGAUUGGAAGCAUAAAAAAGGUGUCCCCUUUUGGGUUGCACAGUGUCGGACGCGCGUCAGUCUACGGCUAGAGCGAAUCGAAUCCACAUCAUCAUCCACCGACAUCGUCCACCGUGUCACGGAACUCGGAGUUUGUGUGUGUGUGCGUGCGUGAAAGAAAAGCUUUGUGUGAAAGUGUGUUGUCCAUUGUACGCAGUCUCGUCCACACGAGAGGAGGCCGCACGGAAUCAACAAUCUCCCCUUCCCCCUUUUACCCACACAGCAACGCACACAGCUUGCUUAGGUUGGUUGUGGGCAGGAAAUUGAUUUUCCCCAAUCCAUUACGUCCUCGCCUCGUAUUGAUUUAACUAGUAAAGUGUCAGCUAGAGCAAGCUCCAAGUGACGUAGUGUCCCCCGCGCCAGCCAGCAAAAUGUCCGGAAAAAGUGUAAUGAACAAGUUCGUGCUGCGGAACAUCGCCCAGCGGCUGGUGCACUGCAUGUACGUGUGCGUCUUCUACCUGAUACUGGUGUGCAUGCUCGAUACAGCCGGCAUAGGGGCGGACAAGAUGCCGCAGGAGGACAUCUCCGUCGUGACCGAGGUGGAUGGGCUCUCCCCGGACGGCAGCAGCAGUGCGCCGACCGAGGGCAAGGGACUGCUCUCGUCCGAUAUCGGGUUCGUGCACGCGUUCGCCGCCUCCUUCAUGGUGAUUAUCGUGUCCGAGCUGGGCGACAAAACGUUCUUCAUUGCGGCGAUCAUGGCGAUGCGGCACCCGCGGCUGACCGUGUUCGCCGGCGCCAUUGCCGCGCUCGCCCUCAUGACCGUGCUGUCGGUGCUGUUCGGCAUCGCGGCCACGAUCAUACCGCGCGUCUACACGUUCUACAUCUCGACCGCGCUGUUCGCCCUGUUCGGGCUGAAGAUGCUGUACGACGGGUACCACAUGUCGGCGACCGGUGCGGCCGAGGAGCUGGAGGAGGUGCAGUCCGAUCUGCGAAAGCGCGAAGACGAGCUCGCCCGUUCCAUGAGCGGCAGCCGCAAGGAAACGGUCGAGCUCGUCCCGCUCAGCGACGGGGAGGAAGGGCAGCCGCGAUCGAAGGCGUCCGACAUCUUGCCCCGCCGGCAGCACGGCCCCAACAACCAUGGCUCCAUCCAUUCGCUGGUCGAACCGCAGGCGGGCGGCCACCACACGACCAUGUCUUCCGGCGGGACGCUGCGGCUGUCCGCGUCCGCCACCCAGCUGACCGGGCCGGGCGCUGGCAGCAAACCGGGAAUCUCAACUGCCGACGGUGGCGCGAAGCUGCCGACCACCGAGAAUGACGGCGUUGCCCAACAGGGCGGCGAAGGAGAGGGCGCAGGCAAGACGGUGCUACUGCUGGACGGUGGCGGAGAGCGGGGCGAACAGAGGCAGCGGCUUCGGGCGGUGGCGGAUUCGCAGGCGGGCAGCAGCUCCACGUCGCUGACAGUGGCUACUGCGACCGCCAACGGGUCCGCAGCGAAAAUGCUGGAACGGGAAGCGAACGCGGGCGGCAGUCUGAUGUCUCAGGAUGCGGAAUCGGGCGCCUCCACCAGCGGCCGGCGGGGGACGGGCCGGGGCCGCAACAGCAACAACAGUGCGCUGAAGCUGCUGCUGCGCAUCUUCAUGCAAGCGUUCACGAUGACGUUCGUCGCCGAGUGGGGCGACCGGUCCCAGCUGACCACCGUCAUACUGAGCGCGCGCGAAAACGUGUACGGUGUGAUCGCGGGCGGCAUCAUCGGACACUCGAUCUGCACCGGACUGGCUGUGAUUGGCGGGCGCAUGAUCGCCCAGCGUAUUUCCGUCCGUACUGUUACCCUCAUUGGUGGUGUUGUGUUCCUGCUGUUCGCUCUCAGUGCGCUCAUCUUCGGCCCGGGUGAGGAAGAACCCGUCAAGGUGCCUAUUACUUAAGGGGGCGCCCCCGGGUGUCAACUGAAGCUCGCUUGCGCAUCUCGUGUGUGUCGUCGUCGUCGUGUGCCUGUUCGUCGUUCCACUCUUGGUCUGGACUGGUGCCAUUGGCCGCGUUGUGGGACACCACCACCCCCGCUUCUUCCUCUAUCUUCACACAACUCAACCCAUCAUCAUCAUUCUGCUCCUUCCUUGUUUGGUUCGCUUUUGUUUGCUGCCACCGUACAAGGAAACGGAUUUACACGGAGACAAACGAUACGAAAACGAAACUGAAAAUGUAUUUUUAAAAUGUACCUCUUCAAUCCUAGAACGUAUGAUGUGCGUGUGGAGAAGAAUUGAUAGAAUAGUAGGAAAAUAAUUGGUUUCUUUUCCCUCCACUUUUUCGAAACAUUUUCGUAACCUUGUCCAACAGUGGAAAAGGAUUGUAAGCAAUAGGAAUCAAUCCCCCCCCACUCUCCCGAAAGUCAACUCAUUCUCUCAUCUGUUUUAAUGCAUCUGUGUGUAGGUGUUCAAACGUACGGCAACCACCACCUCUAGUAAGAUUGUAAUGUAAUUUAAAACGGAAACCAAACCCAUCCCCCCAUCGUCGUUGUACAAUCAGUCACAAGUGAUCACGGAGCGAAUACAGGGUUUUUCCGGGGGGUUAUCAUAGUUGGGGAACACUUUCUGGACUCUUUCUUGUUUGAAAUUGGACUCUUUUGGACCUACUUGGGCAGGCUCCUUGAAAAUUCCAACUGGAUUUGUCCAACAAGGGUACCAUAUAGAAUCCAAUGCCCAUUAGAUUAAGUUCAAUUCACGUAAGAAGGAACCAAUCAAGUGUCCCACAGCUAUGAGCACUGCUGGAAAACCCUGUAAUGCUCAUCUUGCCACCAGCCAGCUAUCCCUGCUGCAUUUUUAAACCCGUGGUUUUACCGAACUAGGACGCACGGUGCAAUCGAUAGGAAGAACAGUAAAAGAAUAGACGAUAAUAGGAGGAGAAAAGUAGUAAAAAAAGGCAAAGCAAAAGAAAAAGUAUUGUUUGUUUGAUAUAAAAGCUUGUGAAGCAAAAUUCCUUGCAAAACGGGGCACACAUUUAUUUGUGUACAUUUUUCAGUGAUUAAAAUUAUUCCACAAAAAAUGAGAACAGGAAGAUGAGGGAAGAGUGUUUGAUUUUAAUGAAACUGUAAACUAUAAAAGGAAGCAGGAGGAACCGUACCAAUGAUACGAAACAAAAGGAGUCGGAGGUAACGGGGAAAUUGGGUGUGGUGAACACUUUUGUGAAAAUGCACACACAUACACACUCACACACACCCAAAAUCACAUCGCGAUCACAUUCAGGACAAAAAACAAACGCUGACUGUAAAAAAAAAAAAACAAUAAAAUAAAAAUGCUAUUAAUUACCUGUUAA